UAUUUAACCAUCAAAUGUAGUAUUGAUCAUCCGAAAUUCAAACGAGUUCAGUUACUGAUGCACUUUAGCUUUGUAGUUUAACUGCUUUAAAGGAAGGCUUAUUUGCUAACAAUAAAUUUAAUCUCUAAUGCACUUCAAGGGAUCAACCAGGAAUGUUUACUUACACGAUUGUGAGAUUCUUAAGUAUUUUCUGAUUGGUGAGAACUUCCAUAAAAGAACUAUUUUAUGAUUUUCUUCAUUCUGUACUCCAGUUACACAGCAAGAUGACAUUUCUUACAUUGAAAAAGAUGAAGAUUUAAUGUUGCCUGAAAUACUUUUGUCACCAAUUCAGUGCCAUCAACGAAGUACAGCAUCAAAUCUAUUACUUCUAAAUCGUAAUUCAAACUAUGAUAUUAACUCGGCAUCUAGUCAUUUUGAUUUCAUCAUGGGUUUGUUUACAAGACUGCCAUUUAAAAAAGCUAAUUGCAAAGAUAGCAACAAUUCAAAUUUUGAUACAGGUCGAUGCUCAAAUUCUUCAUUUGAAUCAAAUGACAUAAUAAGCGUAUUAGAAGCAAAUUUUAAUACAAUAAGUAUAAUAAAUGAAGAUUUUAAUAUAUCCGACCCUGAAGCCCAUUCUUCUAAAACUGGCUCAGAACCUAUUCUGGAUCAGAAUCACUCAAAUAUUGAGACUCUUUCAGUUUUUAAGCAUCAGCAGUUAAAUCAAGACAAAGAAUCUUUUAAAGAGUGCGGCUGUUGUAGUAAAAUAUCUUCCAGUUCUUCACCAAUACACGCAGCACAUUCAAUAAUUAAACUUGAAAAGGUUGACAUCUUGGAAGAGCUUCACAAAAGAAAUUGCACUGCCACUUUAACUCUUUUGUUAUCAUGUCUUAAUCCAGAAGAUCUUCUGAAAGUUUCUUGUGUGAGUAAAGUAUGGCAUACAAUAGUUUUUGAGGAUGUCGGAGCCAGCAAAAAGAAGAAGUAUUAUUUAAAGAAAAAGAAAGAACUUAGGGAAGGCCCUGAGAAAGAGAAUAAGCUGAAAACCUGUCCUGAAAGUGGAAGUCGAAGAAAAUCACUUCUUACUCCAUUAAAUCAAAGCACUGAACUUGCACAGGAUGUCAGUUAUACAACUACCACAGAAAAAACAAAAUUUGAUUCCUUUAUUGAGGAAGGAAAGAAUCUCAGAAGCUGUGAUGUACUCUUGAAGUGCCCAAAAUGUAACUUUCCUGCCAAAAGUAAAAAGGAAAAGAAGUAUUGUUGCACACGAAAUUCAUGUCAGUAUGCGUUCUGUAAAGAGUGCAGUGGCCCUUAUACUUUGUUACAUGUUUGCCAUAAAAACAGUUCAGAUGUCAAGGAAAGGAAAAUUGUUAUUGGUAGUCCUCAAAGUAAGAGAAAUUUGAGGCGUUUAAGAUAGGCCUUAGUGUACUGAUUGACUGACAUGUGGCUUUUAUUCAUUUCUUAUGUUUUCAAUGCAAUACUUUUUUCUUCUUUUUUUCUAAUUAAUUUGUGUCUUUGAAUUCUCUAGCUGUGAUAAACUGAACUGUUUUCCUGUGAUCUCUCUAAACUGUUCAGCUGUGAUAAGAAAAUAAUGUUACUAUAUCUUUUAUAAAUAUUUUUACAGUUUCUAUAUUUUUCAUAAUGAAUUUUUUUUCAGUACUCUUUCAGUCUGCUGUGAAUUUUAUUGAACAGCUUAUAUGAUUGAGAAAAUGCUCCUUUCAGUCCACCAUUUCAAUUAAAUGAAUUAUGUGUAUAUUAAGUUAACAUAUAUUUUUUAUGUAUAUUGUGCAAUUUUUAAGUACUUUAAAAGAUCUUUUGUAGUUCAGUAUUUAUUCUGUGACUCUGAUGAGGGUAUUUUAAUAUUUCUAUGUGUUAAAUAAUUUUUACAUUUACAAAAUUGCUUUUAUGAUACAUUUGUAUUGUAUCAUUUUAAAAAUUUUUGUUGUGAAUUUAUUUUGAACAGUACUGAAAUGUUUAACACCUUCAUUAUUUUAUAUGUGUCUUGAUGUGUGAAUUUGUUUGUAUGUCUUUAC